AUGGCCAAUGUUAGACGUUCCACGCGUACCAGGCGACCCCCACCAUAUCUCAAGAGUUUUGUGACGGGACCUCUGCGUGGAUCACAGGCCCACCAGUCCGUCAGCUGGUUCCAGAGUUUAGAGGAGGAAGCUGCCGUUGAUGAGGAGGAUGAGGUUUUAGUCCAAGCUAGCAGCAAGGAUGAUGUGGAGGCCUGGCUCGAGGGGGAGUCUCUUGCCUUGAUGGAGGAGAUCGAGAGUGAACGGAGAAAGGUUGACGCUCUGCUGAGGUCACGGGGGAGCCGCACCGGCAUGCUGAGGAUGGUCGACAGAAUGCGGGCCAGUUUCGAGGAGUUACGAAGAGUCAUCGAUCGCCUAGUGAGCUCGUACACCAGUCUCGAUAAGAUGAGAGAGUUAGUUCAGGCUGGGAGGAGUAUAAAGGCCAAGAUCCAGGACACGGAGGACGAGGUUGAUGCCCAACUCACCGAACGGGAGGACGAGGCGCAGUCGAUGGGCCAAGCGGUAGAUAAGCCGGAUGAGAAGUUGCCAGAGGCUUGUGACGGCAACCAUGAUGAAGAGAAGGAUGCCGGUAGUGAGUUGAGCCAUGAGAGUCAGCAGUCUCAGCGUUCGUUGAAGUCUCAAUCUGCACAGAUCAAGGCCGAGGUUGCCUCAAUGAGAGUAGGGCAAGAAAAGAGAAGAUAUGCGGCGGAACUGGCUGUUAAGGAGGCUCAACACAAGAUGGCAAUCGCCGAGGCCGAGGAUGAGGCGGCUCGAGCUAGGCUAGAGGCCAAGUUGUGGUCCGAGGACCCGGCGCGACACGUGAGGUUACCCAUGACAGUUAUAACGAGCAGGUCACCGGCUGAGAUGAAGACGCCGCCACAGCCUGAGCAAGAAGUACCGGAUGAGAGUUGUGAGGAUCCGUUAGGGAGAUUGGUGCAUUCGAUUACUUCUUCCCAUCUGCCUAAACCUGCGCACAGCUCUACUCCGGCCCGGGCGGUUGGUGGCCAGAACUCUACUGGAUCCAGAGAGGUUGGAAAGUUCUUCCAAGGUAUCGCUAAGCCUCACCUACCGAAGUUUGAUGGUAAUCGAGAUCUUUACGAGGAUUGGCGGGCACAGUUUGAAGUUUGCGUGGACCAGGCUGAAGUCCCGAUCAGAUUUAAAAUGAUCAUGCUUAAGAACGCCCUGAUAGGACGCGCCGGCAAGCUGGUCGAGAAUCUCGGUUUUACCGAAGCCCAGUACUCUAUGGCCCUCUUUAAGUUAGAUCAGCGCUAUGGCGGAGAGUCAAGGAUCUUGAAGAAAUACAUCGACCAGUUGAUGGCACUCAACGAGGUCAGCGAACAGGAUUUGAAGGGAUUGGAGGAUCUGGCGAACCAUUUAUGCGAUGUAGUGUCGAAGUUAGCAGAUACAGACCAUGCCCAGGAGUUAGUUGGACAGAACACGUUGUAUGCUCUCGUGAGGCGGAAGGUGCCCGUUUCCCUGUUGGUAAAAUACGCAGAGUCGGACACUUCGACGAGGAUAGAUGGGUUGGCAGUAUUCGCCAAAUGGUUCAACCAUCAUGUAUGUUUGAUGAUUGAAAUGACUGACUUGAGGGAGUCACGCCGCAAGGGACAAAGCCAGACUAGUGCUAACAAGUUGGUGAAACGACCAGAUAAGAGCACGGCCUAUGCUUCGACUGCGACCGCUUCCUCCGGGACGACGUCUAAACCAGCCGACGCAGAAAACCAGUAUUCCUGCCCUUUGUGUAAGGCCGCACAUCACAUCGUCAAGUGUGACAGAUGGACACCUACUACUACUAGCCAACGUUGGGACAUUGCUAAGGAGAAGGCCCUGUGCUAUAGAUGUCUGUGUAGCAACCAUAUGGGCAAGGAUUGCCAGAAGGGAUCCCGCAAGUGUGGGAUUGACGGCUGUCAGAAGAACCAUCAUCGUCACUUGCACAGAAGGAAGCCGAAGACAGAUGUGUUGGUCGAGCCUAAAGACCAUACCAACAACAUGUUUGGAGUCACCAAGGAUGGAAGAGUUUAUCCAAGCAAGGUCGCCCUACGAGUCAUCCCAGUUUAUGUAGUUGGGAGUCGAGGACAACGUCAACGACUGAACGCGCUGUUGGAUGAUGGCUCAGAUUCAACAUAUAUAACCAGAUCUGCAGCAGAAGCCUUAAACACCCCUGUGCAGGAACAUGCCUUGAGUGUAUCUACUUUAACUGACCCUAAGAAGUCCCUACGUAGUGGCCUGGCGGUGAUGACGAUCAAAAGCUUGAGCGGCGAGAUAACGGCCAAGGUGGGAGCGCGAGUUCUUGACAGGUUGUGUGAGAAUCUACCGCCGCAAAAUUGGCAGCAUCUACGAGAUCGAUGGUCUCAUUUGAAGGGAAUCGAGUUCCCAAGAGUGGAUGGGUGCAAGACCGUCGAUAUUUUAAUUGGUGCUGAUCACCCGGAAUUGACGUUAGCAUUGGAGGAGCGACCGGGCCAACUGGGAGAGCCGGUGGCAAGGCUGACACCUCUGGGAUGGACAUGCACAGGGUCCAUUGAGGUGGUCACUCCUUUGACCAGCAAUUCUGUUACGACUGCAAAUACUUAUUCAACAAUUACGGAUCGUCAGUUGGACGAGAGCCUCCGAUCAUUGUGGAACAUGGAUGUGUUCACAACUACAUCAGAGUCCAACUUCACUCCAGAAGAGCGGGCGAUCAUCAAGAGGACUGAGGCCUCCAAGGUGUACACAGACAAUCGCUAUGAAGUUUCGAUUCCGUGGGUUGGCGACACCCCUGACUUACCAAACAACUUUCAGGAAGCUCGGCGCCGCCUGUUGUCUAUAGAGCGUACUCUCCUCAAGAAACCACACUUAGCCAAAAAGUACUGCGACGGGAUGAGGCAGAAUAUCCAGAAGGGGUAUCUGCAAGAGAUUGAAGCUGCUAAUGCCGAAGGGGGUUGGUAUUUGCCACAUUUCCCAGUCGUACGGGAGGAUAAAGAGACUACAAAGGUCCGAAUCGUCUUCGACUCAGCCGCCAAGUGCCAGGGGGUCUCACUCAACGAUGCGAUGUUGGCAGGACCCAAGCUGCAGCGAGACAUUUUUGACAUUUUAGCACGGUUUCGACGAGGUCCAGUGGGGCUGAUUGGAGAUAUCAAGGAGAUGUUCAGCCAGGUGAUGUUGAACCCUAAGGAUCGGGCGUAUCAUCGAAAUUUAUGGAGAGAUUUGGACUUGACAGCUCCCAUCAAGAUCUACGAGUCAACUCGAGUGACUUUCGGAGACAAGGCGUCUCCUUUUUUGGCCCAGUAUGUCCUGCAGAGUCACGCACGAGCUCAUCAAGAUGAGUACCCAGAGGGAGCCAGAGUGUGUCAGGAGAAUACUUAUAUGGAUGACGCCAUUGACUCUCAACCAGACACCGCUGCCACUAUCAAGUUGAGAUGUGAGCUGAGCGCCCUUUUGCUUAAGGCAGGGUUUUUCAUCCGCCGUUGGUGUAGUAAUGAGUCAGAAGUAUUGGAGGGUGUACCCCGUGAGGACUGUGCAGCAGGCAUUGUGGACUUGCAGGACUCCACUUUGAUGCCGAGCGUUAAGACACUGGGAAUCAAGUGGAACGCAGCGACAGAUAUGUUAGAGUUCUCCACCCAAAACAUCGCGCCACCGGCAGUAAUGACUAAGAGAACACUCUUGAGUCGUGUUGCUACGUUGUUCGACCCUUUGCAAUGGCUGUCACCCUUCACCAUUCGUGUCAAGAUCGUUCUUCAGCAGUCAUGGGUGCUUGGACUGACGUGGGAUGAGCCCCUUCCCUCAGGAAUGAUUGCUGAAGCCAGAGAUUGGUUUGCUGAGCUGAAGAAGAUCGAAGGCAUCUCAAUACCGAGGUGCUACUUCCGCACACAGCCUGACAGCGAGAUUACUCUUCAUACCUUCAGUGAUGCCUCUUCAAAAGCAUAUGCCGCCGUCACGUACAUCCGUCAGCAGAAGGCAGAUGGCGGGGUGAACCUUGCGUUGGUGGCGUCAAAGGCUAGGGUCGCUCCAUUGAAGAUAGUGAGCAUCCCAAGACUGGAAUUAAUGGCAGCUGUUCUCGGUCAUCGUCUCACCCAGAAGAUAACCAACGUUUUGAAGUAUUCUAUGAUGAACGUGACGUAUUGGACUGACAGUAUGGAUGUGGUGCACUGGGUUCGCAGCCAGUCACGUCAGUUCAAAACAUUUGUAGCCAACAGAGUAUCAGACUUGCAAUCCGAUUCCCUGCCGAGUCAAUGGCGGUUCGUACCUGGAGUGGUGAACCCGGCAGACGUAGCGACCAGGGGCAUGACAGCAAGGGAGUUCACUUCCAAGAAUGUAUGGUUUGACGGACCCGACUUUUUGUAUGCUGAUGAGGAUUGUUGGCCGGAAACCCCGAUGGGAACCAAGAGUGCAGAGGCGGAGGGAGAGACUUCUAGAUCCUAUGUUCACGUUACCGUGUCUGGACCGGAGCGCACGAUAGUAAUAAAUUUUUCAAAGUUCUCCACCUGGAUCCGUCUGGUCCGAGUCACGAUGUGGGUAUUGAGGUUCAUCGACUGCUUAAGAGUCAAGGCAAAGAGAGUAAGAGGGGAGAAGUUGGCUUCGGAGGCAGAUAGAUCUUCCUUUAACUGGUUUCUACACGCAGAGACGGUGUUGCUUCAGGCGGUACAGAGAGAGAGUUUUACGGAAACGAUAGAGGCCCUGAGAUCAGGGCAGGGUUGCCGACGGAGUCGUCUACAGAAUUUGUCUCCGUUUCUGGAUGAGAAUGGUAUCUUGAGAGUUGGCGGCAGACUUCAGCACUCGUCAUUGCCGUAUGAUGCACGUCAUCCGAUCAUUCUUCCAAGCCAGCAUCACUUGUCAACCUUGAUCAUUCGACGAGCCCAUUCAACUGCCGGACAUUCCAGAGGGGUGAACGCUGUCUUGGCUGAGAUCCGCCAGCGUUUCUGGAUUGUUCAGGGGCGGGAGAUGGUGAAGAGGGUAGCAUACGAAUGCUUUUUCUGUCGACGACGUAAGGGAUCACAUGCCUCCCAGAUCAUGGCGCCGCUGCCCACGUCACGUGUGAUGCAGUCUUUGCGAGCCUUCAGUUACUGCGGUGUGGACUACGCUGGGCCAUUUAUCACCAAGAUAACUCGGAGAGUUACUGCCAAGAGGUACCUAUGUCUUUUCACCUGUAUGCAGACGCGUGGAGUUCAUUUGGAGAUGGCGUACUCCAUGGAGACGGAUGGGUUUCUUCUCGCCUUUUCACGAAUGGUUGCACGCCGGGGAAAGCCAGCAGAGGUAGUCAGUGACAACGGCAGCAAUUUUGUUGGAGCAGAGCGAGUCCUUCGAGAGUUAGUUCAAGGGUUGGAACAAGAACGAAUCCUAGAGUCCGCAACCAAUCAGGGCAUCAAGUGGAGGUUUAACCCGCCAUACGGGUCACACCAUGGUGGUGUGUUCGAAUCACUUAUUAAGUCUGCCAAGCGGUCACUUUAUGCAAUUUUUGGUGAAGCCCACCUUACUGAUGAGGAACUACUGACGGCGAUCGUGGAGGUGGAGGGGCUCUUAAACUCUCGCCCCCUGGCAUACUGCAGUUCCGACCCAUGUGAUGAGGAGGUGUUAACACCAAACCAUUUUCUGGUUGUGCAGUGUGGUGGUCCUCUAGCGCCUCAACGAAUAGAGGAACUGCCGUUCAACCCGAGGAAUCGUUGGCGAGUCGUUCAAAGUUUGCUGGGCAAGUUUUGGACACGAUGGUCCAAGGAGUACCUAUCCAUCCAGCAGCCAAGAGGGAAAUGGGUGACUCCUCAACCGGACUUGAGCAUUGGAGAUGUUGUUGUCAUGCAGGAAUCUAGCAAGAUACGUAGCAGUUGGCCAUUGGCACGUGUAGUCGAGGUUUUUCCCAGUAGUGAUAGUCAUACACGAACAGUGAAGGUCCUUUCGAGAGGAAAGGAGUAUAUCAGACCGAUCACGAGAUUAGUUCCGUUGGUCGUUUCAAGAGAUAAUUUGGAAGUGACCCGGACAGACUAG